AUGUCUCUACAUUAUAUCGACAAAUCGAGACCACCGCAAUACCAGAGUUUCAUAGUCUCAUUUCCGCAUGACAAAGUCAUCCAGGUGACACUAAACAGACCCGAAAAGUUGAACUGUAUAAGCAAAGCCACCAGCCGGGAGAUUCAGCAGAUAUGGAAUCUAUUUGACCGGGACGAGAGCUUGUGGGUGGGAAUCAUCACAGGCUCCGGGAGAGCUUUCUGUACCGGGGCCGAUCUACAAGGUACAUCUGAACGCGCAGAAUGGAACGAGUUGAACAAAGCCGGCGUGGUCAAUGACAUGACUGCACCGGGCCUUGCGGGACUGCCACGUCGAACUGGGAAGAAGCCGAUCAUCGCGGCUGUCAACGGCAUAUGCAUGGGAGGGGGCUUUGAAAUGGUGGCAAACUGCGAUAUGAUCAUAGCUUCGUCAACAGCAGUGUUUUCUCUGCCGGAAGUUAAACGAGGCAUAGUUCCCGUAGCCGGAUGUUUGCCCCGGCUGACGCGUACACUGGGACUACAACGUACUAUGGACCUUGUGCUUACCGGCCGAAACGUGAGUGCCCAGACGCUUUAUGAAUGGGGACUUAUCUCCCAAAUUGUGGAUACUGCAGAUGAAGUUGUCAAUGCUGCAGUACAAGUUGCUCGGAAAAUGUGCAAGAACAGUCCAGAUGGCCUGAUUGUUGGGCGCCACGGGGUCCGCCUAAGCUGGGAGACAGGUAGCGUGGAAGAGGCCGUGUCAAGUCUAGCUGACGAAUGGUAUCCACGUCUGGUUAAUGGAGAAAACUUUGCUGAAGGCAUCCGAGCCUUUGUCGAAAAACGACCGCCGACUUGGAUAAAUUCGAAGCUGUAA